AUGCCCGUGGACCUGGCCAUGCGGCUCUGCCUGGGCCACUCACCCCCCAUCCAAAAGCUGCUGCAUUCCUAUGAGGAGCUACGGGCCAACCGGGGGCGCAAACCUCUCCGAUCCUGUCUCAACCAGAAGUUGAAUGCAGAACCUGAGCCCGAGCGGCGAGAUAGCACCAAGAACUCCAAGGGCCAGAAGAAGAAGAGAGUCGUGUUUGCUGACAUGAAGGGGCUCUCACUGACGGCUGUCCGCUUCUUCUCAAAGAUUGAGGAGGAUCUCUGUGACUUGCAGCAUGCCCUGUCUGACCUUGCCUGCUUCCGACCUAAGCUGCACGCCUCACGCCCGGAAGUGUGCAGGUAUGUGCUGGACUUCCCACAGCCCUCUGCGGACUACAUGACUUUCCGCAGCUGCCUACACAGCAACCUCGUCUGCCUGGAGAACUGCGUGAUCCAGGACCGUGCCCUGUCAGGGACAGUGAAGGUCAGAAACAUUGAGUAUGAGAAGAAAGUGAUGGUCCGCAUCACCUUCGAUGGCUGGAAGACCUUCCGGGACAUUUCCUGCCAGUACAUGCAUAGCACGUACGGCUCGGCUGACACAGACAUCUUCUCAUUUGAGCUUGCCCUGCCCAAGCCGUCCAUCUCCCACAGGGCCGCAGAGUUCUGCAUCUACUUCCAGUGCGGACAGAAGACCCACUGGGAUAACAACCACGGGAGGAACUACAAGAUCUGCCAUGUGGGCAUGAUCUGUCCUCCCUCACAUGCCGUGAAGAGUGCCAGCAAGGCCUGGGAGCAUCUUGGCACCUCUCGGGCUGCCGCCCUGGUCCUUUCUCACCUGCAGACCUGGCAGCGCUCAGAGACUCAGGCUCCUUAUUGGUAG